AUGCACUGGGCGCCUGGAAGGUUGCCAUUGGUUGUGGGGCUCGACUUAUCGUGGAGGCGGUGAGAAACCAGAAUCAGGAUGCCUGAGAAUCAGGGCGCAAGCUUUAAAAGCCAUGAAAUCCUUCCUGGUACUCCCAAUGGAAGUUCUGUGUUGUGUUUUGGGCAGUACCAGUACACAGCAGAUGAGUACCAGGCCAUCCAAAAUGCUUUGAGACAAAGGCUGGGCCCCGAGUACAUCAGUAGCCGACAAGCUGGAGGUGGCCAAAAGGUCUGUUACAUUGAAGGUCAUAGGGUCAUCAGUCUGGCCAAUGAAAUGUUUGGCUACAAUGGCUGGGCUCAUUCUAUCACACAGCAAAAUGUGGAUUUUGUUGACCUCAAUAAUGGCAAAUUCUACGUGGGGGUCUGUGCAUUUGUGAGGGUCCAGCUAAAGGAUGGUUCAUAUCAUGAAGAUGUUGGUUACGGUGUUAGUGAGGGCCUAAAGUCAAAGGCUUUGUCUUUGGAGAAGGCGAGAAAGGAGGCAGUGACAGAUGGACUGAAGCGAGCACUCAGGUGUUUUGGGAAUGCUCUUGGGAAUUGUAUCUUGGACAAGGAUUAUCUGAAGUCUGUAAACAAGCUUCCACGGCAGCUCCCAUCUGAACUGGACCUAGCAAAUAUCAAAAGACAGGACUUUGAACCCUCUGUAGAGCAGACAAGAUAUCGAAGCUGCCUAAAGAAAAUGGUUCCUGCACCCCCACAGGUGAAGGAGGUGAUGUCCCCUGGCGGAGCAGGCUGCACAGAGGCUCCAGCCAUCGUGGCAGAGGGCGAGCCAGGAAAUGGCUUAUGCAGAAACAUCUUGUCCUUUGAGGGGGAUGCCACAUACCAGAGGAAGCUUCGGCAAAAGCAGCUUCAGCAGGAGUUUCGGGAGCAGAUGGAGAAGCAGCAGCAGCAGCAGCAGCAUCAAAUAGCAGCUCCUUCAGGGGAAUUUCAUAGUCAUAGUAUAUCAGAAGAGCCAGCAGCGGAACCCUUGAGGACAGAGAGAGCAGGACUUGGAGUCCCUCCUUUGAAGCACAGUACUCCUGCAGCUGCUAUCCCAGGACCACUCACUGAGGAAGAAUUCCUUGAAGAUGACCCGGAAAUGUGGGAUCUCCCUUUGGAUGCAGCAGACAUCAAUACUGUCAAACCUGAGCUGAGCUCAGGUCCCGGUUCAUCCCACCCCCUUGCCACGCCUGGUUUAAAAAAUCACAUGACAGCCUGGGGCAAGAUUCCUCCAAAGCUGAGCCACCAGGGGCCCUCCUUGUCAGGGAAUUGUAGCCCUUACAGGAAGAGCCAGAGCCUGAAGAAAAGAAAAUUGGAUUCCCAUUAACUGGGGCCUGGAACCCUUAAAUUACUCGGCCAUAUAAGGACCUAGGAAUAUCAGAAGGAGGCCAUGCAGAAGAGCACUUUACCCCCUUCAUGGCCCUGAGGUUGGAAUUAGAGCCAGUUAUGUUCCUUAGGGAACAUAAGUCUUACUCCCUUGGACUUACCAGACUUGAGUCAAAGCAUUUUCCCAAAGUGAUGGUUUUGAGGUACCAUCUAGUGAGUCUUGCUACAUUUUUUUAAUCCAGCAGAUUUCAGUAAACUGUCUUCUAAAUAGACUGCAGAUAAAACUCAAGAAGUCAACAACAUUUUUAGAACCCAAGUGCUGUGGAAGGAGUGCCAAUCAAUCAGAGGUCUGUACAGCUUAUAAAAGCUUGGUUAAGACCAGCAGAGCCACUCAGAGAAGUGGUCCUUAGGUGUGAAGGUAAAUACCUCUCCUUUUGCUAUUGGUCUCAGUCAUUUGUUCUCCCUAAGUGCUACAAAUUUGUUAAUAAAAUGUAGGUUUUGUGAGUUUGCUAGUUGGCAGCUUCUAGCAGUACCUAUUUUCCAUUAGUAGUAAGCACAUUCCCUCAAUUAAGAGUGGGAGACCAAGCCAAUUUGAUAUAACCAAUGGGUAAAACAUCUUGAGAAUAAAGAUAACCCAGGGGCAGCUAGGUGGCACAGUGGAUAGAGCACUCAGGAGGACCUGAGUUCAAAUGCGGCCCUAGACACAUA